UCCCUCUCUUACUUGUUGUUAAAAACUCUCUACUCUAGUUCAUAAUUUGUUCUCACACUUCCCAAAACAUAAGGACACACUCAAAAACAGGAGAAAAAACAGAGAACAAACAAAGGAGCUUCUGUGUCAACAAACAAGUCAGAGAAACAAAGAAAGAAAGAAAGAAAGAAAAAUAAAACUCUGUAUUAGCUCAGGUAUCUGGUUUGGUUCAGUUUGGUUCGGUUAGCGAUGAACAACACUUUUCCUGAAUGGAAUUUUGGUAGCGAUACUUUUGUCGCCAAUCAAAAGAAGCAACCUAUGGGGCUAGACCAUGAACUUGUGGAGCUUCUAUGGCAUAAUGGACAAGUAGUAUUACAUAGCCAAACAAAUAAGAAACCACUUGUGAAUACAACUUCAAACACUUCAAGACAAGUUCAUAAGAAUCUUCAAUCAACAACAUUAAGUAACUUGAUUCAAGCCGAUGAAACAGUUUCAUGGAUCCAACAAUUUCCUCUUGAGGAUCCACUUGAACAAGAAUUAUGUUCAAAUCUAUUAAAUGAACUUCCACCUUGUGAUGUUGAGUCUUACAAUUCACAAACAACGAAUACAAAACCAUCAUUUGUUGAAGAAUUCUCGGGAAUUCCUAUGCCGGCUCCAAGAUUUCAUCAUCAUGUUUCCGAUUCAUCGCAGAGAAACAAUGAUUUGUGUGGAACAAAUAAGGUUGUAAACUUUUCUCACUUUUCAAGACUACCUAAUGUUUCUUUAGCAACUUCUAACGGCGAUGAUGCAAAGUUUAGAGACAAAAUUACCGGUAAUUUCUCACAAUGUGAUAUUAGAGAGUGUUCGACAAUGACAGUUGGUUCGAGUUAUUGUGGAAGCAAUCACGUCCAACAAGAUCCGGAUGUAAGCAGGGUAUCAAGCAACGGUGUUUGGACUACUAUCUCUACCGAGCCGGAAAUAAUCAAAGGUGAUGUUCACAAAACAAUUCCUCGGCAUGAGAAAGGGAAAUCGGAGAUGCUUGAACCGGUGGUUACUUCAUCUUCUGGUGGUUCGGGAAGUAGCCUUGGAAAAACUUGUUCCUUAUCUACAAGAAGCCACGGACAAAAGAGAAAAGAGAUAGACGUUGAAGAUUCAGUCGAACAAAGUGAGGACACGGAAUUUAAACCAGCCGUGCGAAAGAAGGUAUCUCAGAAGUCAGGGUCAGCUCGAAGGAACCGGGCUGCUGAAGUGCAUAAUCUUUCAGAAAGGGUAAGGAUUUGCUACCUCUCUAGAAGACUGAAUUUUUCAAAAAGUUUUGAACUUAUCAGAAGAAUCAUUUUUUUAUCAUCGCAGAGGCGAAGAGAUAGGAUUAAUGAGAAGAUGAAAGCGUUGCAACAACUCAUACCUCACAGUAGUAAGACAGACAAAGCAUCAAUGUUAGAAGAAGCAAUUGAUUACUUGAAAUCACUUCAGUUACAACUUCAGGUAAUGUGGAUGGGAUCUGGCAUGCAACCAAUGAUGCUACCAGGAUUUCAACAAUAUAUGUCACAAAUGAGCAUGGGAAUGACUACACCUUCAUUUCCUCCGAUUCAAAAUCCGAUGCAAGUACCGAGAAUGCCUCUUGAUCCAUCCGUGUCUUCGCCUCAGACACCAAAUCAGACAUUAAUGUGCCAAAAUCCUCUAUUAGGUGCCUUUAAUUAUCAAAAUCAGAUACAAAAUCCAGCUCUUUCAGAGCAGUACGCGCGUUACAUGGGCUAUCAUCUUAUGCAAAAUGCUUCUCAGCCAAUGAAUAUGUACAGAUAUGGUCCCCAAACUGUACAAAAUAGUCAAACAAUGAUUCCAACCAGCAAUAGUAGUGGACCAAUGAAUGGAGCUGCAAACAUUAAUGAUGCUUUGAGUGGUAAAAUGGGUUAAUAAUUAGUUAGAAGCAUGCCUAUAGGAACCUAUGGUGUAACCAACAAAUUGCAAGAUGAAAGAAGCCUUAAAGCAUGAUUUCAACUAUGAAUAUAUGGAUGCAUAUAUAGUCCACUUGAUUAAUAUACAAGUGACUUAUUUUUUGGAUCCGUUAAGAGUCUCACAUUAGAUAAGACAUGGUCCGUAAAUAUAUUUAGAAGUAGGAGGCAUUCUUCAUUUUAUAAGUCAGAUUUGUAGGGUUGAGUUAGUUCCAACCCAUUUUUUUAAGAGAAUCUAUCGGUGGUGGUUGUACAAUGUUAGUGUCCAAAUAAAAAAUAGGAGCAAUAAAAAUGGUCUAAAAUGGAAAUAAAAAGAAAGAAUUAUGAUA